UCCCCCUUCUCUCCUUCCCUCCCUCCCUCCCCCUUCUCUCCUUCCCUCCCUCCCUCCCCCUUUUCUCCUUCCCUCCCUCCCUCCCCCUUCCCUCCUUCCCUCCCUCCCUCCCCCUUCUCUCCUUCCUUCCCUCCCUCCCCCUUCCCUCCUUCCCUCCCUCCCUCCCCCUUCUCUCCUUCCUUCCCUCCCUCCCCCUUCUCUCCUUCCCUCCCUCCCUCCCCCUUUUCUCCUUCCUUCCCCCCUCCCCCUGUCUCUCCUUCCUUCCCUCCCUCCCCCUUCUCUCCUUCCCUCCCUCCCUCCCCCUUUUCUCCUUCCUUCCCUCCCUCCCCCUUUUCUCCUUCCCUCCCUCCCUCCCCCUUCCCUCCUUCCCUCCCUCCCUCCCCCUUCUCUCCUUCCUUCCCUCCCUCCCCCUUCCCUCCUUCCCUCCCUCCCUCCCCCUUCUCUCCUUCCUUCCCUCCCUCCCCCUUCUCUCCUUCCCCCUUCCCUCCCUCCCCCUUCUCUCCUUCCCUCCCUCCCUCCCCCUUCUCUCCUUCCCUCCCUCCCUCCCCCUUCCCUCCUUCCCUCCCUCCCUCCCCCUUCUCUCCUUCCUUCCCUCCCUCCCCCUUCCCUCCUUCCCUCCCUCCCUCCCCCUUCUCUCCUUCCUUCCCUCCCUCCCCCUUCUCUCCUUCCCUCCCUCCCUCCCCCUUUUCUCCUUCCCUCCCUCCCUCCCCCUUCUCUCCUUCCUUCCCUCCCUCCCCCUUCUCUCCUUCCCUCCCUCUCUCCCCCUUCUCUCCUUCUCUCCCUCUUCCCCCUUCUCCUCCUUCCUUCCCUCCCUCCCCCUUCUCUCCUUCCCUCCCUCCCUCCCCCUUUUCUCCUUCCUUCCCUCCCUCCCCCUUUUCUCCUUCCUUCCCUCUUUCCCCCUUCCCUCUUUUCCUCCCUCCCUCCCCCUUCUCUCCUUCCCUCCCUCCCUCCCCCUUUUCUCCUUCCCUCCCUCCCUCCCCCUUCUCUCCUUCCCUCCCUCCCUCCCCCUUUUCUCCUUCCCUCCCUCCCUCCCCCUUCUCUCCUUCCUUCCCUCCCUCCCCCUUCUCUCCCCGACAGCCAAAUGAGGUCGCGGCGAUGGACAAACAUGGCACUGUUGACCCUCGGUGCCACGACUCGGAGCCCCAGAUGUUUGGUGCCACCGCGGACGCCGGGUAA